AUGCACUUGCAGAGGGCUCUGGUGGUCCUGGCCCUGCUGAACUUGGCCACGGUCAGCCUCUCUCUGUCCACUUGCACCACCUUGGACUUUGGCCACAUCAAGAAGAAGAGGGUGGAAGCCAUUAGGGGACAGAUCUUGAGCAAACUCAGACUCACCAGUCCCCCCGAGCCAUCGGUGAUGACCCACGUCCCCUACCAGGUCCUGGCCCUUUACAACAGCACCCGGGAGCUGCUGGAGGAGAUGCAGGGGGAGAGAGAGGACAGCUGCACUCAGGAAAACACCGAGUCGGAGUACUAUGCCAAAGAAAUCCAUAAAUUCGACAUGAUCCAGGGGCUGGCGGAGCACAAUGAGCUGGCCGUCUGCCCCAAAGGAAUCACCUCCAAGGUUUUCCGCUUCAACGUGUCCUCAGUGGAGAAAAAUGGAACCAACCUGUUCCGAGCAGAAUUCCGGGUCUUGAGGGUGCCCAACCUCAGCUCCAAGCGCAGCGAGCAGAGGAUCGAGCUCUUCCAGAUUCUCCGGCCCGAUGAGCACAUUGCCAAACAGCGCUACAUCGGCGGCAAGAAUCUGCCCACGCGGGGCACCGCCGAGUGGCUGUCUUUUGACGUCACCGACACUGUGCGUGAGUGGCUUCUGCGAAGAGAGUCCAACUUGGGUCUGGAAAUCAGCAUUCACUGUCCAUGUCACACCUUUCAGCCCAAUGGAGACAUCCUAGAAAACAUUCACGAGGUGAUGGAAAUCAAAUUCAAAGGUGUGGACAGUGAGGACGAUCAUGGCCGUGGGGAUCUCGGACGCCUCAAGAAGCAGAAGGACCACCACAACCCCCACCUCAUCCUCAUGAUGAUUCCCCCGCACCGGCUGGACAACCCAGGCCAGGGCGGGCAGAGGAAGAAGCGGGCCCUGGACACCAAUUACUGCUUCCGCAAUCUGGAGGAGAACUGCUGUGUGCGCCCUCUCUACAUUGACUUCCGACAAGAUCUGGGCUGGAAAUGGGUCCAUGAACCUAAGGGCUACUACGCCAACUUCUGCUCAGGCCCUUGUCCCUACCUCCGCAGCGCGGACACAACCCACAGCACGGUGCUGGGACUGUACAACACCCUGAAUCCUGAAGCAUCCGCCUCACCUUGCUGUGUGCCCCAGGACUUGGAGCCCCUGACCAUCCUGUACUAUGUCGGGAGGACCCCCAAGGUGGAACAGCUGUCUAACAUGGUGGUCAAGUCCUGUAAGUGUAGCUGAGACCCUGCCUGCGACAGAGAGAGAGGACAGAGGACUGCCACCGCCUGACCACCUGCUCCUCGGGAAACAAAAGCAACAGACCUCACCUAGAGGCCCGGAGCCCACAACCUUCGGCUCCGGGCGGAUGGCCGAGAUGGAAGUUCCCUUUCGGGACAUUUCUCCUCCUUGCUGGCUCUGGGAAUCACUGUGGUAAAGAAAGUGUGGGUUUGGUUAGGGGAAGGCCCAACUCUUCAGAAUACACAGAUUUUCUGUGACGUAGACGGAGGUGGUGGGGACAGAGGAAGAGGGAUGGCAAGUCGACACGGGGACGCAUCAGGCGACAAUGGAUCUGGGAUACCCUAGGGAGGAGGAAGGGCAGAGAACAGCCGGGACAGGGCCAGGCCCGAAGACACUUCUGAGGUCAGACGGGCUCAUUGCUGCCCCACAUCUGCUCUAGGGAAUGGGGAUUACCUUAUUCAAGGCAAGCAUUUUCCUUCAGACAGGUGACCUAGACAAAGUCCCAGAAUUGUAUCUUGGGCUACCUGGGAUUAAGGAGGAAUGUGUUAUUUUUGCAAAUUGUCCUCUCAACAUCAAUCAGCAGCACCAAGGGUCAGUACAGGGAGAAAAAUCCAGGGAAUGGAGUUCCUGGGCCGUCAACUCUGUGGGGCCAUCUGGACACGCUGAACUCAGAAGAAGAGGGUGGGAACGAACGCUCUCCUAUCUGCCCUCUGGGUCCCUCCUCUCGCCUUCUUCCUCGAUCGCAUUUCCCCUCGGACAUAUGGCUAGACACCUUCCAGGGCAGGGCGCACAUAUUGGGAUUUGGGGUCUGUGCACUCUUGGGGCAUUAUGGGUUUCCUCCCCCCACCCCAGACCCUGCGUUCAUCUGGUGUUCCUGGAAGAAGGUGCUAGAAUGGGUGAGGCGUGCGGGGAGGUCACACACACGCCACACAAUGACUUGGCCCCAGACACGUAGACUGAGGUAUAAAGACAAAUACAAAUAUUACUCUCAAAAUCUUUGUAUAAAUAAAUAUUUUUGGGGUAUCUUGGAUCAUUUCAUCUUCUGGAAGAUUGUCUCUAGAACAGUAAAAGCCUAUCCUAAGGUGUUCAGUCUGACUGGA